CAAAUGGAAUGUCAACUUUUCUGAUUAAUUGCUACAGUUCAUUGUUUAAGUAUUCGUCUUAUACACGUCGCGUCUUAUAAGUAGCAGUAAGUCGUGAAAUAUUAUUUUCCAGUCUAUUUUACUGUAGUGUUCAGUACUGUGAGUGCAAUUUCGGUCAAUUUUGUGUCGAUUAGGAACAAGGGUCAAGGAAUUUUCACAGUCAUGCCUGAAGUAAAGUUGGAAGAGGUGCGGCGGUUCAUGGAGGAUAGUCUGAAGGCUGUGGGGGCUCCAGAGUCGGAGGCGAAGGCCCAUGCUGAUCUGCUGAUGCAUGCAGACACCGUGGGACAUUAUAGUCAUGGUCUAAACAGACUUGAAUUCUACAUCAAUGACUGCCAGUCUAAGGCGUGUGUGCCGACAGCUAAGCCAGAGAUCCUGAAGGAAUCGGGAGCCACAGCUUGGGUGGAUGGUCACAACGCACUUGGGGCUACCGUCGGCAACUUCUGCAUGGAUUUAGCCAUCAAGAAGGCCAAAGAAUGUGGCGUUGGAUGGGUUUGUGCUAAGAGGAGUAACCACUUCGGGAUGGCUGGUUACUGGGCGCUGCAGGCGGAACGCGAGGGUCUCAUUGGCCUGGCUUUCACCAACUCGUCUCCAAUCAUGGUUCCUACUAGAUCGAAAAAGAGAGCGCUGGGAACGAAUCCUAUUGCGAUGGCUGCACCUGCAGCUGAUGGUGAUAAAGUUGUGGUGGAUAUGGCUACAACCACAGUUGCUAUGGGAAAGAUUGAAGUACAAAUUCAUAAAGAAGAACCUUUGCCGCCUGGUUGGGCAUUAGGACCUGAUGGCAAGCCUACCACGGACGCUAAGGCGGCGUUCCAAGCUGGUCACCUGAUGCCGUUGGGUGGGGAAGAGAAGACUAGUGGAUACAAGGGUUAUGCCCUCAGCGCCAUGGUGGAACUCUUCUGCAGCGGAUUAUCAGGGUCCAAAUCAACUCAUAACAUACGUGGCUGGGAACUGGAGAGCAACCAAGGUCCACCAGAUUUGGGCCAAUGUUUUGCUGCCAUCAAUCCUGAAUGCUUUGCUCCUGGCUUCGUGGAUAGAGCUUCCGACUGUUUAAACACCUGGAGAAACUUGGAACCGAUUGAUCCAUCCCUUCCAGUUUUGGCUCCAGGGGACAAAGAGCACCACAUUGGAGAGGCGACACUAGCGAAGGGAACUGUGAACUAUCCUCAAAAACAAUUAGAGGCUAUGGAAACCAUGGCCAAGAGGAUUGGUGUUAAACCUAUUCAAGUUGUUUCCAAUUAGAUGCGUAUUUUUUUUGCAAUUAUCACGAGACAUGCCAAAUUGAUUGACUAGGAGAA